GGAAGUGUUGUGUCUUUCAUUUCAUGUGUUGUUCAACAUUCAUUCGGGUUUCAGUGGAUCUGAGUCGCUGUUAUGAAGUCGGUCACCGUGGUCCUUUUGGUCCUUUUGACUCUGGUUCUGGAUCCGACUGAUGGGUUCCACGUCGGAUUAAACCGUAACUUUAAUGGGAACCAGUCGGCUUUGGCGGAUGUGUCGGUGGUGGUGGACCUGUCUGCGGUGGUCCACCGGGUGGACCUGCGCUUCCUGUCCGUCACUAUAGACGCCAGUUUGGCUUCAGAGGAGAAGUUCAUGGACCUUUUAGGCUCUCCAAAGAUAAGAACACUUGCAAGAGCAUUAACGCCAGCAUUUUUGAGAUUUGGAGGGACCAGACAAGACUUCAUGGUCUUCACUCCUCAGCAGCGUCAUCGGCCGAACUCACAUUUUACUCCAGAACCAACCUGUGAUAAAGCAGAGCUGCCCCCGUGGCUGGAGGACAAGCUGAAGAAGGAAUGGAUUCAACAGCAAGUGCUCUUGAAGACAGAAGACCUGCAGAGGAAGUAUAAAAGAGUCAAAUUCACAGAGUACACAGUAGAUCAGCUGCACUCCUUCACCAACUGCUCUGGUUUGGAUCUGAUCUUUGGGCUGAAUGCUCUGCUCAGGACGGCGGACAACACCUGGAAUGGCAGCAACGCCAAAUCACUGAUGCAGUACUGUGAGUCCAAACAGUACAGGAUGUCCUGGGAGCUGGGCAAUGAACCAAACAGCUAUGAGAAGAAGGCAGGCAUUCGGGUGGAUGGCUACCAGCUCGGAGAGGACUUUGUCCAUCUUAGAAAGAUGAUGACAGAAUCCAAGUUUUACCACAAUGCAGGAUUGUACGGCCCGGAUGUCGGCCAGCCACGUGACCACAGGAUAGACAUACUAGAGGGGUUUUUGCAGAGUGGAACUGAGGCAGUUGAUGCCUGUACCUGGCACCAUUAUUAUGUGAAUGGAAGAGACACAUCUUUGGAGGACUUUUUAGAUCCUGAAGUCCUGGACACCCUGGCCUUAAAGACCAAUGAAGUCCUGCAGAAAGUAGAGCAGGUGUCUCCAGGAAAGAAAGUGUGGCUCGGUGAGACGAGCUCUGCCUUUGGAGGUGGAGCUGCAGGGCUGUCUGACAGAUUCGUAGCAGGGUUCAUGUGGUUGGAUAAAUUAGGCCUUGGAGCCAAACUUGGCUUGGACGUUGUUAUGAGACAGGUGUUCAUUGGCUCUGGUUUUUACCACCUGGUUGAUGACAAUCUGGACCCUCUUCCUGAUUAUUGGUUAUCUGUUCUUUACAAGAGGCUUGUUGGACAAGAGGUUUUGACUAUUGAGGGAUUUUUCAAUGUAGCUCGGAGCAAAAGAGUUCGACUUUAUAUGCACUGCACAAACAAAAAAAGUUAUAGAAAUGGAGCAGUGACACUGAUGGCGAUGAACCUGAAUAAGAAGGCAGCCAGCAUCUCUCUGCCUGCACACAUCUCCUUCAGCACAGUGGAGGCUUUUGUCCUGGAGUCGGCCCAGUCGGGGGAGGAGGGCCUCUAUUCCAGGUCUGUCAAACUCAAUGGAGAAGUGUUAAAGAUGGUAGAUGACAAAACUCUUCCCGACCUUAAAGGAACUCCUCUGACACCAGGCAAACAUCUCCAACUUCCUGCCUACUCCUUGGCCUUCUACGUCCUCACAGAUGCCCGGGCGUCGGCCUGCCUUUAACUUCACUGGGACCCACAUAAAGUUCUCCGAUGACACACUCAGUCAUUACGUCUGUUAUCGGAAAAUAUUGCACUAGGCUGCUCAUCACUGGACUAAAAUUACUUGAAGUUGUUUGACGUACUUAAAGUGAUUCAUGGACAUGUUAAUAUUUUUUGCUUUUAUAAUGAAUGCUGGAGUGCCUUAUUUAUAUAAAGGUACACUUUAUAUUUUUCUAACUUGUAUAUGGAAAAAUCUUUGUAACUCAAACCCUCAAUCUCAAAGAAUCAAUAAAUACUAAGUCAGUUUUC